GUACACAGUCUGCAGCUGGAAGUUCUUUCCAAUUUGAAAUGUCUCAAGAGGGUUUCAGCGCUAUUCUGACGCCGAGUGGGCCCAUCCUCGGGGCAGUAGGUGCCUAUGGCUGGUCUGGGGGAAUAUUCAUGUACCAGGAUGGUCAGCAGGACGGCACCUGGUUAAAUGCCACAAAGGAUCGUACAGACAUGAAGGAUUCAUACAUGGGUUACGCAGUCCAGCAGGUGCAGUGGGAUACAUUGGCCAUUGGUGCACCAAGAUACCAACAUCUGGGCAGUGUCUUCAUCUACAAGAAGAACCCAGAAACAUCAGAGUGGAGCCAGGUGGCUGCAUUCACUGCAGACAAGAUUGGGUCAUACUUCGGGUCGGUGCUAAGCGUUCUCCAUGUGAAUUCCACACACUCUCUCCUUGUGGUUGGUGCUCCAACAUAUUACUCUCCAGAAGCUCCAGGUGGGCAAGUCUACCUGUGUCCCGUCAGGAACUUUUGGAACUCCGGAGGGCCACUUGUUACUAUGGCAUGUCCAGAGACCCUCCAAGGUGACCCCCGCCAACCUGUGGGCUAUUUUGGUUCUUCCAUCUCCAUUCUACCAGAUCUGACUGGAGACGACCUGCCGGACCUGGCUGUUGGUGCCCCAUGUGAGGACAACUAUCAGGGGGCCAUCUACAUCUUCCCGGGUCAGGAUGAGAGCUUCAGAACUUCAUAUAUACAGCGCAUUGCUGGUCGGCAGGUCGGUGGUGGUAUCAAGUACUUUGGGAGGUCACUGAGUGGAAAUCUGGACCUGACGGGGGACAACCUGCCGGAUCUGGCGGUGGGAGGAGAAGGAAGAGUCCUGAUAAUGAGGUCUCGCCCGGUUCUGGAUGUCUCAAUCAGCAUGACCUUCGAUCCCAGCGAGAUUCCCCUCUCCGUCUACGAGUGCUCCGAGCAGCGCAAAGUGGGAAGCUUGACGAAACUCGCCGUCUGUCUCUACAGCUACAAGAAAAACAUUGCGGUGACAGUGGAGGAUUUUGGUCAGGUGACAUACUCUCUACUCCUGGACGCUGGCCGUACCAACACCCGGGCCCUCUUCUCCAAUGCUGGGCGCACCUUGAACGCCACCGUGCCUCUUGCGCCGGGGCAUGUGUGUGUGGACCAUUUCUUCCAGCUUCCGGAGUGUGUGGAGGACUCUCUGUCCGCUCUCCGAGUCUCUAUCAGUUUCUUCCUCGUUGGAGUUCCCGUGCUGAGCGAGGACUCACCUAGUCAUGUAUCCUCAGAUCUUCCUCCACAGGUCCCAUUUGAGAAGAAUUGUGGUGGUGACGGGGUGUGUCGGGACAAUCUGAGUGUGAACAUCACCUUCACAGGUGUCAAGCAGCUGGUGGUCGGGGUAUCUCUUGAUGUCAAUGUGACGGUCUCUGUCAUGAACGAAGGUGAAGAUUCAUACAACACCCGUGUUCUCGUCCCCUUCCCCCCUGGCCUAUCGUAUCGCCUGGUGUCUCUCGUGGAGAGUAACAAGAAAGUGGCCAUUUCAUGCGCCUCGCUGGAAGAUCAGAGAGUGGUGAACUGUGGAGUGAACAGACCGCUUCUGAGACCCAACACCGCGGCCGUCUUCAUGGUGAGCUUUCACGUUUCACCAACAGCUGCCCUGGGGAACUCUCUGACAAUGACGGCCAACGUCAGCAGUGACAACAGACAGUCUCAUACGGAUCAAAUGAUGUCCUCGUCCCGGCUGAGCGUCCGCUAUGCCGUCUACGUUACAGUCACCAGCCUUGAGGAGUCCAGCAAGUACCAGAACUUCUCCACCGGUGACUCCACCAUACGGCACAUCUACCGGGUCAUCAAUCUGGGCCAGCGGCAGCUUCCUCUCACCGUCACCCUCAUGGUACCAGUGAGAUUGGGGGAGACGCCCCUUUGGGAGACGAGGAACAUCACAAGUUCUACGGUAUGUAAGCCUAUCCCAGAGGACCCAGAUGCCUCCACGUGUACGGAGGUCGGAGAAACCCCCGGAGCCAAGGACUACCAGGAGGUCCUGAGGAGACAGGAGGCAAUUCUGGUAAAACCAAGACAGCAAAUCCCAUUGUGUCUCCUACAGGAUGGUCCUAGAUGUCCCCUCCGUCCCCUUCCCUCGGACCUCCCCUUCCACAUUCCCCCUGGAGCCGUGUUCUCCAUGUCACCCCCCUGUAGUCUCCUCUCAGCAUUGCAGCCUUCAGCUCUCUCUCUCUCUCCUCAGAACUGCUCGGUUGGUUGGUGUGUCAGAGUGGAGUGCGAGAUUCGGGAUCUGGAGGUUCAGCGUUCACUAAACUUCACUGUCAGCGGGUCCGUCACCAAAGACUGGAUCACCCAGACAGGACAGCAGAAGAUUCACCUGCAGAGCUCGGCGGAGAUCAGAUACGAUUCUCAGAUAUACGCUCACAUCCUGGAACAGAAAGAACGUUUCAUCCGAGCCCAGGCGCAGACCACGCUGGAGAUCCACCUGGAGUAUGACUAUUACCCCGUCAUCAUCGGCAGCAGCGUGGGGGGGUUGCUGCUCCUGGCACUGAUAACGGCCGCCCUGUAUAAGCUCGGCUUCUUCAAGCGUCAGUACAAGGACAUGUUGGGGGACCCGGCGGAGUCGGAUUCGAGACAUGUUGGGGGGCCCGGCGGAGUCGGAUUCGAUGGCCGGAGGACCGGACACAGACGGCAGCUAGCGAUGAAGCCGAGGACGGGGAUGACGGAGUGA